AUGGCAUCCUCAACAUAUAGCUCGAGCACUAGAGCAGGCAUCAAGCCCUCCAACACACCCGAUGUCUCCCCCAACUUCGCCGACCCGAACUUCGACCCAGCCGACUUCCUCAAUGAAUCCCUUUCACCACUGACUGUGGCUUCAGCACAACCCAAUGCCUCUCGAACACCCGGCUCAGUACCUUUGACAGAGCUGUCCGCGCAGGUCCAGUCAUUACUUUCCAAGGUCAACGCCCAAAACAUCCGAUUUUCGAGCACAUUAUCCCAGCUCACCGAUGAGAUCCUACGAAGCGGCGGACGGCUAGCCUAUGAAGUCGAGGUACUACGAGGCGAGACAAUCGGGCUAUCCGAAACCCUGACCGAAGUCCUGCGCGACGAUAUCAUAAAGUUCGUCCCAGAGGAAGAUGUGCGCAAGAUAGAACAAGCAGAGGAUGCGCCAGCAACCCAAGACGAAGAGGCAGCAACCACAAACGAAAAGAAGACACUCGUACCCGCAGACCCCGAAUACAUAACAAACUUACGCACUCUGAACCAAAUCUCCUUCUCCUCGUCAUUCAUCUCCGUCUCGGGACCGGACCUCGACGCCGAUGGUCGCGACCGCGAAGAAAAGGGCCAACAAAUGAUGAAGAAGCUACGGACAGAAGUGACAGAGCUACUGGACAGCGAGGGUGGCGGACAAGCCGGACUGGACGCCGCCAACCGGCGCGUCGAAGCUAUUCGAGUGCUUGCGACUGUCUGGAAUGGGUCGGCCGAGGAGAAAGCGCGCAAUCGUUUUGUGGACAGCCUUGCUAAGAUUGUGGAGGAUCGCCGCCGCUCCUUGGAACAGCAGCAGGCUGCUACAGAUCAAAAUCAGCGUGGAUCAUCUAGGUCCAGGCCAGAGGCUAGGCGGGAUAGUGAUAGUGGUGCGCCGGCUGGUGGGCUGUUUCGCAAUCUGCAGCGUCUUCGAGAAGAGAUAUACUUGGAGUGA